GUACUUAUUUUUGAUGCUUCUUCUUCACUCAUGAGUUUCGAGGGUGAUUUUGUCUUCUAUUCUUGGUACUCUCUACCAUUCAUUAUUACAAAACAUUCAUUACAAGUAUCAACCAUCCUCUGUAAACAAUGAUGAAUGAUCCAUGUAAUGAUUUGUCUUCGGCUGCUGGUCCACCAUUACCACCUGUCCCACCAUCAUUGAAAAUGCCGCAUUCAAUGAAUUCUGCUAAUGUUAUGUAUCCAGGAACAACGGCAGCUAGUCAUCAGAUUAAUAAUAACCAGAUGUCACUUCAGAUGAAUAUCUUGAAUAAAGGUUUAGUCCCUGUCAAUCCAGUAAUUCCGCCUCCUCAAGUUCCAACAAAUGUACCAUACUCAUCCACAUCGGGAUCGACUAAUGGCCCAUCGAAUGCUGGACCAUCAUCAUCAUUACCGUCAUCGAGGCCUACCUCAGCGGAUGCUUGUCAUUCAAUAGUACAUUCGUUGAUGUGUCAUAGACAAGGUGGUGAAUCAGAAAGUUUUGCUAAACGAGCGAUUGAAUCUCUUGUUAAAAAAUUGAAAGAAAAACGCGAUGAACUUGAUUCUCUCAUCACGGCCAUCACAACUAAUGGUUCUAUACAUACGAAAUGUGUGACCAUCCAAAGGACAUUAGAUGGUCGUCUACAGGUUGCUGGACGAAAAGGUUUCCCUCAUGUGAUCUAUGCUCGUAUUUGGCGUUGGCCUGAUUUACAUAAAAAUGAAUUAAAACAUGUCAAAACAUGUCAAUAUGCAUUCGAAUUAAAAUGCGAUUUCGUUUGCGUUAAUCCUUACCAUUAUGAACGCGUGGUAUCACCUGGACUGGAUCUAUCCAGUCUUACACUAACUAGCAAUGAAGAUGACAAUCAACCAAAUAUAAGCAAUGAUUACCUUGUUGCUGGCCCCUCAGUAUCGAAUGUGGUUCAACAUUAUCCUCAACAGAAUCAAAUAGGAAAAUCUACUGAUAAGAAUUCAUAUCUAUCUUCAACAUCUCAUUUUACGCAAUCAGCACAUUAUAAUGAUAGACCUCCUACUAACAAUAAUAUUGCUGAUUAUAGCCAACAGUCCAACAUAAAGAUCAAAACAGAGAUUGAACCUUUAUCAUCUCAACGGAUGAACAAUGGACAGAAUGCGAAUACUUCUCCAAUUCAAACAAACUCAACUGCUCAUCUUCAUCAAAAGAUUCCACCUUCAAUCGGCAGUCAUCAUGCCAAUCAAAUCGCUGCCCAAAUGCCUCCACCAUCCACUAACAUGUCAUAUUCUGGUACUUCAGAUGUUCCAAAUGGGCAAGAACAUUCGACACACAAUGGAGACGUCGCUGGAAUGGCCUCUCAUAUGGAAUAUUGGCCACAAGAAAUGAAUAAUUCGCAAAUAAUACCACGUAAUGCAACAAGUAACAUCUCUCAAAAUAUGCCGUUAUCAAAUCAGCCAUUGCCAGAAUAUUGGUGUUCGAUCGCUUAUUUUGAGCUUGAUCAACACGUUGGAGAAACUUUUAAAGUUCCUUCAAACUUUAAUUCUGUUACUAUUGAUGGAUAUGUUGAUCCAAGUGGUGGCAAUCGUUUCUGUUUGGGAGCACUUUCCAACGUUCAUCGUGCUGAACCAAGCGAAAAAGCUCGUUUGCAUAUAGGCAAAGGUGUUAAGCUUGAUCUUCAAGGAGAAGGAGACGUUUACCUAAGUUGUCUGUCCGAUCAUUCUGUUUUUUUACAAAGUUACUAUCUGGAUCGUGAGGCUGGUCGACAACCAGGAGAUGCUGUUCACAAGAUUUAUCCAGAAACAUUGAUAAAAGUUUUUGAUCUUAAACAAUGUUACCGUCAAAUGGAACAACAAGCCAGUGAUGCACACAACAUUGCCAAAGCUAGAGCAGCUGCUGUUGUGGGUGUACAAGGAACUAAUCUAGCUUUUCCAGCAUCCGCAUCUGGAAUCGGUGUUGAUGAUCUUAGAAGAUUGUGUAUUCUACGCUUAUCAUUUGUCAAAGGUUGGGGCCCCGAUUAUCCAAGAAAAACGAUCAAAGAGACACCUUGUUGGAUUGAGAUACAUCUUCAUCGUGCUCUACAACUUUUAGAUGAAGUAUUACACCGAAUUCCUUUUCAAGAUUCUCAUGCAAAUGAAUGAAUUAUAAGCAUGGAUAAUUCAUUUUAAAAAUUGAUAUAAAAACAUUUUAUUUCUCUGAUUUGCAAAU